AUGUCUCGUAUUCCUAUCCAUGUUCCACCUGCGCCUGCACCAUCCCCUCUUGGGGUACUACGCCUUCGUGGUACUGAGAUCGUAGGCUCCGAUGGAAAGCCAUUAGUUCUACGUGGCGCCGGUCUUGGUGGUCAUUUGAACAUGGAAAACUCACCUGCCUCACUGAUUUCUGGAUACCCUGGACAUGAAUAUGGCAUGCGCCGCGCUCUCAAGAAGGUUUUGGGAGAGGAGAAAGCCGACUUUUUCCUCGACAAAUUUUUGGAAUAUUUCUUCACUGAGAAAGAUGCGGAAUUUUUUGCAUCUCUUGGGUUGAACUGCAUUCGAGUCCCUUUCAAUUACAGGCAUUUCGAAGAUGAUAUGAACCCAGGUGUUUAUAACGAGCGGGGGUUUCAAUGGUUGGAUCGAAUUAUAAACAUUCUCGCCUCCUAUGGCAUUUAUACUAUUCUUGACCUGCAUGCCGCUCCGGUGUACAUCGAAUUCCAAAAUCGAGCUAUCGCGCUUUGGGAGGAGCUAGCGAGGCGCUACAAGGGCAAUACAUGGGUCGCUGGCUACAACCCGCUAAAUGAACCCACAGAUGAAGACAUGUUCGAGUUCUCGCUUGGUAUGAACGGGUUCAAAAGGCAAUUCACGCAAUCGAUCCCGAUCACAUUUUGUUCUUGGACGGUAAUACUUGGACUUUUCUCAUUCAAGGAGGCCCUUCCUGGAGCGUGCUAUGCCAUUCAUGACUACUCCAACUUUGGGUUCCCAAGCGGCGACCCGUACAAGGGAACUCCUGAACAACAAGCCAAGCUUGAGCGACAGUUCAAGAGAAAGAUUGAAUUCCACGAGCGAGUCGGUUGCCAUAUCUGGAAUGGUGAAUUUGGCCCAGUAUACGCAUCUCCGUCGGACGGUCCUGAUUGGGAGAGCAUUAACGAAGACCGGUAUCGCUUGCUCAAGGACCAGCUAGCAUUGUACGACACCGCCAAAAUCUCGUGGUCGAUUUGGCUCUACAAGGAUAUUGGAUUCCAAGGCAUGGUUUAUGCCGGACCUGAUACUGCAUACAUUAAGCAUCUAAAACCUUUCUUGGAGAAGAAGAAGCGAGUCGCGGCGGACGAGUGGGGCGCAGAUGUCAAGGUUGUCAAGCACAUCUUUGAUCCAUUGGAGGAAUGGCUUAUCAAAGAAGCACCUGGGAUCAAGCAGCGCUACCCUCGAAUGUGGAAUGUUUCGACCCAUGUCGGGCGUCUUGUGAGGAACAUUCUCCUCAGCGAGGAGCUCUACCCUGAGUAUGCGGAGUACUUCCGUGAUAUGUCUUUGAGCAGCUUGACGAGUUAG